UCGAACGUCUGUUCUGUUUUCAUAAACGGGGCGCUCUAACCGCCCAAAAGAUGUGGCUUUACAUCGAAACCUUAAAAAUGGCAAGCUGUGAUAAUUACAGUGCAAAGUUUUAUACCGAAUUGUUCACUUGUAACUAUAUUAAGUAAGAGUGAAAUGCAGAAGAUGUCGUCAUCUUCUGUGGCAGGACCAUCACGUCGUGCCAAUAUUAUUCGAGUCGUCCGACAAACGAGCGGAUUUGCUCAAGCUUUUAGAAAACUUGUUUCUCGAGCUCUGUGUGUCCAGCUACCUAGUCCUGAGUGGACUGUUGGAUACUACAAAAAUCCCCUCAAUCCAACAGAUAAGGUGCUAGUUUUCAGUUCCUCGGCUAUCUGCCCUGAGAAAUGCCUAAUCAUUCGUGAAGACAUGAGCUGCAUGGAGACUGUUGGCGGUUUUCGAAGGGAUCGGGUUACACUCGAAAGAGUAAUGUCGUCGUUACAUCUCGAACGAGUCCUUCAGGGACUUCAUGCUGCCUCGAUUUGCCCGGGUUGGGCAAUGUCGUGUCGCCGACGGCUGCCUCCUAACACGUUACUGCGGGGACGAUCAUUUCAUGCCAUCAACUGCUGGGGGUUAUUGGAUCUAACGAUGGCAGAUACCACGUUGUGUCCACCUUGUAUGAACAUAUUGAUGCAAACUAAACAAGUGGAACGUGUAGAAAUCCCAUCGAACGUCCUAAUCGACCAGAAAAAGACCGUACAACGUUUCCGGACUAGAUUACGUGUACAUUUGUACCGGGCAAAACAGUUGCUCAAAAAAAAGAAGAGGAUAACCUAUGGAGAACAGACUAACGAAGUAAAGGUGUCUGAAUGCGCUUCAGCUGAUAUCAACGAUGAUAAUACGGCAGACGUUGAGGAGCUGGUCGAAAAGGUUAAACACCACGACGUAAAGAUCGCCUUCGAACACAAUGGAACGAGGUAUGCUGUUGUAUUGGACAAGUUGUACCAGCUGCCGCCCCCGAUCUUCCAGGGAGCGAUGCGAAUUAUGGCAGGACCAGCGGCGAGGUCAUCGCAAACGUCAGCAACAAACCCUGUCAGUUGUAACCGAUUCGAAGCAGCGCCGCAACAGCCGGCGGUUAAUCCUUGCCGAAAGAAGAGGAAGAAAUUAGACACAGGUCCUUCAUUUCAAGAACAAACAAAGUCGACGAUUGUGCAGUCGUCUACUGCUGAAAGCAGUUGUAACUUUGCAAAGUCAUCAACCACAGCAGCAACGGACGGCCAAAAUGAACAGCGGAACUUGAAUCUUUCUAGCACAACUUAUGGAACCUCUUUUCAGCCAACAGAUAGACGGAACCUAUUGUGCCGGGACAUUCGUAUCGACUUCAGCGAACAAGCCGAUCAGACAAAUUUCCUCGAUGGCCAUACUGUGGUACUCCAAAUUGAGCAGGUACUCAACGAUAAUUGGUUAGAAACACGGAAGAUCUGCGUAAAUGGUGCUCCAACUGGUGCCCUAUCGAUGUUUCGAGAAAGCGGAGCACCUUUGCCUCGUCACCUUCAAGAUGCCAUACAGCAGUUAUUUACGAAUACAAGUAGCUCAUCGCCCAUCCAGCCACAAAAUCUCCAGGAAACUCUUUCUUUACCGUCGACAACAAUGGCAGCAAGAGCGACAACAUUAGUAACAUAUGAUGAUCGUGACAUGCAUCGCGCGAAUGAACCUUCCGUUUCUGUCGACGUUACAGAGCUAAACACAACAAUGGAAGCUGAUUAUGGCGAUCGGCGGUUUGACGUAGCAGCGGCGAGAGCUGAACAAGCAGCACAGGCUGAUGAAGACAGUGGAAGCUCAACUUCAGCGCAGGCUCAGGUCGUCGUCGAUCUUGACGAAGGCCUACCAAGUGAACAUGCAGGCCUUCCACUUGAAGCUAUGCAACUUCAAAUUGACACUGAUGAACAGUUGUAAUUGCUUGUGUUGGAGGAGAAAGGAUAAGGAAAGGAGGAGAAAGGAGGAAAGUGUAGGGACACUUUCCUAUACCAAUAUUGUUGCUGUGUAUUUGCUUCAACUGUAUCUAUAAAGAGUGCAUAUAUCCUGUCUAUAAUAGUGCAUAAAUCUGUUCCAGUGAGCAAUCGCUGAACCUUUAAUAUAGAUCAACACAUUGGAGGAGUAGCAUAAUUACGAAUUAAAUGUUCCAUAUCCGUAAUCAUAACUCCGCCAUUGUUACAUCUUUGUUUAUCGAAGUUUCCUAAAGUGGGCUUAUCCUUUAUAUGUUAACCAAGAGAAAUAGUGCAAGUAGGCACUUCGUCAAGAUAAAGUUAAGGCUUUCAAACUUGAUUGUUGUUGUGGAAUGCUAACCAGUAGUAGUUGAAGCAAAAGUUAACGGAGUAAGACUGCAUCAGUUGUGGGGCUUCAUUAAGUUUAAAAUCAUUACAGCAGGUCAGUACUGACUGGCAUUUGGCAAACAUUUUCAGUUACAAUGGCGCCCUUCAUUCAGAGAAAGUAAUAAAACGCAGGCUUUUUUUUAAGACCGGCAGUUAUUUAUCGGUUACAACCUCGACUCGCUGUGUUCUCUGUAGAAAGAUCUACUAUAUAAUUUUCUUAUACUUUAUUAACAUUACCGAUUACCAGAAUUACCCCAAGGAUUACCGUUUUUUUUCGAACCUAAGGUGAAACCAAACUUGAUAAAUUCAGUUUUGAAAUUUUAAAAUAGCUAAGUGCAUAACUUUUAAAGAUGGCUCAAUUCGCGUUCUUCGGUGACAAGUUAAAAAUGUACUGGAAGCCCGUUGUGUAUGUAUGCGAUGCAUAUUUUUGGUGUACCUAUGAAUCUUUCUGUGAAAUCAUGUUAGUGAAAAAUAAGAAGGUCAAUUUGUUAGUUUAAAGCGUACUAUUCAUGAACAUCCUAACAAGGGCAUCUUAUAAGAGAUUAGUGUACAAAAUGAUUCGAAACUACUAAGAGCGCUGACCCACAGGUAUUCGUAACUAUUUACAUCGCUUGUUCUGGAUAUGCUUAAGAUAUUGCGUGCCGAUACAUUUAUUAUGCCAUUAUCUAGGCAACAACUAGUCGUAUUCAAAUGUGUUAUGUAUCUUUAGACUUCAAUACAUUUGUCUGCUAAGUAAGCACGUAUGUAUAUAGAUAAAAAUAAAGGAUAUA